CUGUUUGUAACACUCAUCGUGCAUGGAAAUGUUUUGGGAUGUGACUGCACUUUGAUUGCCUGCGCGUUUAUGGCGGCGCAGGACUUGCAUCUGUGAUCGAGUAACGAACGGCAGCUCGCGGGUAGUUUGCGGUUUGCGGUUGGUGAUGAAUCCGUCAACUACCGCCGGAUUCCAACUGGAGAUUUGGAGAAUGUUAGAAUCUUCUCAGAUUCCGGGAUUCGAACGCUGGGAGGUGUGAAGAGAUUCUCGACGAGUGUUCCAUGCUCACUCCAGUGAAGCAGCUCUGAGAAUCUGCAACGAAUUGAGGAGCAGUCAGUGGCUUUGAAAUUAAAGCAGCUGCAAAGUUAGCUCACAAUUAGUAGUCUCGAAAUCAGUACAGGGAAUUCGCCUCCUCGUGCCAUAGGCUGGAUGGGAGCGAGCUCAUCCCGUGAUAAGAUUCAUUGAUGGCAGCAGAGGGCAGACGAGAUGGCUCAAAGGGGAUACCAGAAAUUCAAAUCUCAGCAUGUAAGCCCUAUGAAAUGGGCUUCACUAUCGGCAUACACUUUGAGGCGAUGAUUCGGAGCAGAGUGGCCUGCGAUCCUUAUCUAUCCUCGAGCUUGCAGCCAUUCGCCAACACAAAGCAGGGGCAGCACCUCGUGCACCUGCUGUCUAAAACCAACAGCGAACGUUAUCCAGAAUAUUGGGACGAGCUUCGUGGUCUGGCAGAUGGUAGCGGAGUUCCGUUUCUCUCGAUUAUUCUCAUGAACUUCCGAAAAGAAAUAUCUCCCUUCCUUCCAGACGUCAGGGUCAGCAACAUUGUGGGAGCACCCGACCAAUGCUCAGAUAUCCUGAUUUGCAGCGACGAGCUCGCGGUGAUGGCUCACAAUGAGGACGGAGACGCGUCACUCAGAAAUCACGUAUACAUUGUAAAUGCCACUUUGGAAAAUGGGGUUUCAUUCUUUGCCUACACUUGUGCUGGGGAAUUGCCAAGCUGCUGCUUUGGAUUCAACAGUAACGGAGUGGCUUUCACCCUUGAUUCAGUUCCCCCGGCUCCCGAGGAGGUGGUACCAGGUGGCAUAGGGCGCAAUUUUGUAUCCAGAGAUCUUCUUGAAUCGAGUGACAUUCAUGAUGCAUUGCGACGAGUUCAAAUAGAGAAUCUGUCAGCUGGUCACAAUUACAACAUCAUGGACGUGAACUCGCGAAAAAUGUUCACUACAGAGACUGCAUCAAGAGGAAGGGCAUCUGUACGAGAAAUUAACAGAGAUGCAUUUUACCACGCCAAUAUGUAUCAACACCUGUCAGCAGUCAAGCAGGUUGGAUGUCAACCUUCGAUACUACAUUGCCGGAUUUCCAAACGUAAUUCACUCCUAGAGAUUGUCCACCAAAGUUCAGUUUGUCGACAGAAGCGGGUGGCAGAACUUCCGAUGAACACCUUGCAGGAAGUGCUAACGAUUUUGGCUGACGAUAGUAAUCAGGACUUUCCUGUGUACAUGCAAGGUCCACAACUUCAUACCUUGUGCACCGCGAUUUUUGAUAUGAACGAGAAGAGUCUGACCAUUCUGACAGGAAAGCCUUCCUCUAUGUCAGUGCUCCGGCGGGUACUCAUGACGACCUGGACAGCGAAAGAGGAAUAAGAAGGCCACCUUCCUUUUGUUCUCAGCACUUGCUUAAACAAUUGGAAGAUAUUUUUGCAACCCACUUGUAAUGUUUUCAACGUGCUGGUUUGCUGUACAAUCGCUCUCAGCACGAGUAUGGCGUCCGAAGGUGUUCCCUGUAGAACUUUUAGUGUAUUCUGAUGUUUUUCGCAUGAUGUGAUUGUUCAUUCGUCAUCCUCCAUAGCUGGCAUCAAAUCCUGGUGAUAGACGAAACUUGCGUCAUCCCACAUUGCACAUGUCUCUACAAAGAAAAGGUCCUGUUCUGCUGCAAUUUUCACAUAAUCUAAGAUUGG